GUUAUAUGUUUUGGCGGCAAUGAGUAUAUGUGAAAUUGUGUAUAGUUUGUGUUUUCGUUAUUUGGAUGUUCUAUAUUUCCUAAGUGAUAUAUUAUGAUGUAUUAGGAGUUGCGUUUUUAUUGUUGAACUGUUGUUUUAUGUGGCUUAAUGGAAGCAUAUUUACCAUCUGAAGUAGCUCGAUUAGUUUUAGGUUAUUUAGAGGAAGUUAAAUGUACCAAUACCUGGGAAACAUUUUUGGUGGAAAGCCCUCAUUUACAAGAAUAUUACCAAUUGCACCAGCAAGGAAUAAAGUAUGCUGCAAAUAUUAAUGGAAAAUCUCUUUUAGGAAUCCUUCAGGAAUAUCGAUGCUUAAUAGGUAGCUCAUCUAAACAGUCUGGUACACAAUGUAGCUGUAACAAAACUUCAAAUCCUUUGAAUUCGGAGAACUUUGCGACUCCUAACAAAAAUAAUCGAAAUAAGUUUACCAAAUUUCAAGUCAACCAGAAGAUUCAAACACAGUCUGUUAUUGCUUCAUUAAAAUAUGGACAGAGUAAUGUUAGCUCUUCACGCAGACUAUUUAAUGCAUCUGAAACGCCUCAUCGUGUAAAUAUAUGCAAAACACCCAAGAGACAAAUGGGUUUACAUGUAACAGCCCUAAAUUUUGGUCCAGAAGCUGUGCAAAUAAAUGAUGCAAAGAAUUGUAAAUAUACAACAGAUAAAGUCAAUGUCCAUUUGCAUGGAAAUAAUCUGCAGAGUAGUCCUGGCGAUUCUGUUCCUACAGUUUCAGGAUCAUGUGUUUCUGAACCUGAUCUUCGAAUUUGUCAUAGAACUGUACAAACUGAACCCUUGUCAAAUUCUUUAGUUGAUUUAAAUGCAGGUAACCACAGUUUACAAAGUGAACAACCAUCAGCCAGUGAUACUGUUAAACUUAAUAAUUCAAAAAAUAUAGCAGACAGGUUGCCGGUGCAAUCUGGUGUAACAAAUACUGGCUCUAGCAUUUGUAAUAUUAUUGAGAGUAGUCCCACUUGUUCUGCCACAGAAUCAUGUGAAGAGCUUGGCAGUAGUUCUGAGCCUGCUGGACCCUUUUCAACAGACCAGUUAAAUUUAGAAUCCAGUACUAAGAUUGUAAGCACAGAAGAUCAGAUAUCCAUAAUUAAGCAAAGUCUUGUUUGUACAUCAUCUGAAGUAACAACCUGUAGUGAAAAUGUUGUUGUUACUGCUACUGUGGAAAAUUCUAGUACUCCACAGUAUAUUGCAGAACCUCCAAUGUACAAUAGAGCGCCAAGUACUAAUUCUCCCAGACUUAUUCUUUCAUAUGACAGAUCACAAAUUGCAUCUUUGACAACUCCAAUGAAAGAAAAAAAAUCCCUUGAAGAAUUUUAUUCUCCCAAAAGAAAAGGAUUUAUACCAAGACGAAGAUUGUUAAGUGAAUCACCUUUACCAAAGCUAGUACAAGGAAAUGAUCGUACAUCUUUAGCAAUACAUGAAGACUGGUUUCUAGAUUUUAAUGGUACAGAUACUCUUGCACAGAUAAUUGCCGAAAAUAUUAAUAAAGAAGUUAAAAGCAAUGAAGAAUUAGUAAAAGAUUCUGAUGGUUCUAAUUCUUCAACUUAUCCAUCUUUGCAAGAUAUAAAUGGAUCUGUAGAUGUCAUUAAAAAUGUUAUAGCAAGAACUGAAGCCGAUCCUGUAGUUGAUGAUUUUCUUUCUUAUCUUUGCAAUAGCAGAGACAGCUUUGAAGUUAAUUUGACUCAAGAAUCUGCUGCAAAUUCUGCCCAAAAUAAUACAUUUAAGGGUGAUGCUGAUGUUACAAAGGACAAUAACUGUAUUCCAGGCUCUGCAGAAAACAAGAAAAGUGAUAAGCAGGCAGCAGUGAAUCCCUCUUCUGUUGAAAAUGCUGUAAAUUAUGUGUCUUCCAUCACAAAUGAAGAGGGUGACAAGUUAUCUGAACUUAGUUCCUCAGCAGAAAAAAGUACUUUGCCAGACAAUAAUUCUUUCUGUAAUCUUCCAUCAACCCAGAAUAAUGAUGAAAUUGAAAAUACUGAUGUGUCAAUCCAAAAUACUGAUGUGCCAGUCCAAAAUACUGAUGCUAUAAAUUGUGCUGAAAAUACUGAUAAACUUCCUAAUAAUAUAGCUGACUCUGUUCUUGAUUCUGCACAUAAUGGUGAUGAUGAUGAUGAUAAUGAUUCUGUCAUUGAAUUAGCUGUGAUUUCACCACAAAAGCAGGAUAUUUCUAAAUCUAUUGAUGCUCCAGCUAAAAUUUCUUCUGCACCAGGCCUUUCGACUAAGGAGGUAAAUACGCAAAAUGAAGAUUCAAAAGUUCAAUCAGUUGAUAUUGCAGAUUCUUGUUAUAACAUACUUAAUGAACAUAAAUCAAAAUGUCCUCAGUGUCAUUCUGAAGAAUUAGUUACAAAUAUUGUUACUGUUAAUACAACUGAUAAUGAUUCAUGGAAAGCUUUACAAGAAAGCUGUCCAAACUGCCAUUAUCAGCAGUUAGGAAAAAAUAACGAAAAUAAUUCAUCAGUUCAAAUGAGCUUAUCAUCUAGUAAACAAAUUAUUAAUACUGAAGCCAGAACUCUAACUGCAGUACCCACUGAUUCUAAUGAUAUCCAUCUUUAUGGAAACCAUGCAGACAAAAACAAAUUCCUGGUUGAUAACUUUCAAGAUAAGCAGCAGAUGGUAACUGGUAUGAACAUUAAUCAAAUGUUUUCCAAUAGUGUUGCUCCUAGUGCAGUUGAAAAUGUGUCUAGUCAAGCAACCAUGUGUAGCAAAGCAGUCAAUAAUAUUGUUUCUAAUGUUGGAAAUAUACCUAAUACCCUUCAAGAAAUUAGCACUUCAGUACCAUCUGUUCAAACUGUUACUCUUGGUGUUCCAUGCCAAAAUGUAAAUAAUUCUGUACCUGCAUCUUCUGUAUUACAAUGGCCUUAUUCAACUGUGCCUACAAUCUUUGUAUCAAAUAAUCUGCCAAAUGUUUUGCCAAGCAUUUUGCCAAACUCAAAUGCCUGCCAGUAUCAAAUAAUCUUUAAACCGGAUUCGAAUCAAACCUCUUGUAAUGCAAGUAAUGUGAUAUUACCUCUUCAACCAAUUUCUUCAGUCAACCAGGUUCCAAACACAUACUUGCCACUUCCCAAAGAUAUGGGAGCAUCGAAUGUUGUAGUAAGCAGUAAGGAUAGAAGUAAACCUGAAUAUAGAACUGUAAGAAAAUUAGUCUUCAUACCAUCAUCAACUAAACCAUCAGAAACUAAUAAGCGUAAACAAGAGGGGGAAGAUGAGCCUGCACCAAAAAAAAGAGCAUAUAAUGUCCAGGGGAAAAAAUCUUCUAAACCUGUAAAACAGUGUAGAAAGUAUAAUAAAAGAAGGAAAUCAAGAUCACUAUUUCCUUCUGAUUCCUCAGAUUCUCCUAAUAAAAAUCGUACUCAGAAGUCAAAGAUUACAGAAAUUGGAGAUGAAAUCCCUGUUAUUUCUAUCCCAGAACCCUCACCUAGUAAAUCAGAUCUAAGAUCUGCUUUUGAAAUUUUUUCUGAAAUUACUGAAGUUACUGAAAAACAAAGUCCUGUUCUUCAAACUUUGAUUUCAUCUGCUAAACUGUUAUCAGGUGAAGGUGGAAGAUUAAAUGCAACUCAUGUAAGAACUUUAGAUUUCAGUCCUAAAAAGAACAAAGAGAAAGGAGGCAGUCAGGUAAAGACAAGCUGGCAAAAGAAAUUUGAUAAAGAAUUUCCAAACAGAAGAGCAUCUUCUCGAAUAAAAAAAUUACGUGGUAUAUCUGUGGAAUCUAAGAAUUUAGACAUUGCUGAUGAUAAUAGAGGUUUUGAAAAUAAUGCUUUUGAAGAUGAAGAGAACACUGAAAAGGAAAAUGCUUAUAAUGAUAAUUGUUCUGUCUCAAGUCAGCAUGUCACUAAUGAAAUAAUUGACAAAACUAUACAGGAGGUUUGUACCAAUAAAACUGGUGCUUCUGAAAUGGCUAAUGUUGUACUUAAGGCUAUGGAAGAAGCAAUUACAAUUAAAUCAUCAAAUAACACACUUUCAACAAUAUCUGAAAUGUCAUGUAAUGCAGAUAUAAGUGAAACGGUUCAAACUGAUAAUUUAUGUGCUUCAAUGCCUGAAGUUCUUAUUGAUGCAGAAGAUGGCAUGUGUAAUACUAAAUUGUCACCUGUUUUAACUAAUGCAUCAAAAUCUCCUGUUGCUUCAAAAAAUAAAAACGCUGUGAAAACUACACCAUCAGAAUCAGUACCUAGUGCAGAACAUGGACUUAGUACUAAAAAUAAAAAAUGUUCUUAUAAUAAUUCUGAUCUGGUAGCCAAUCCUCCUGCUGUGGAAGAAGUAUUUGACAAUAAAAAGUCUUCUGGUCAUGAUUCCAAUUUAACAGCUAAUUCUUUGUUAGAAAAAGAACCUGAAAAUACUACCAUCUUACUUAAUGCUCCUUCUGAUGAAAAACGUUUUCAUCGGAAUGAAUACUUCCCUGAAAGUGAUAGUAGUAGUUCUUCUGAUUUACCUGAUGUCGAUGAAUAUUUUUUUUCGACGCCUAAACAGGAUGAUCCUCAGAUUAAAUCACAUAUUACAAAAAGUAUACCAGUUCAGGGUCAAACUGAUCAGUUUAUAAGUGUUUCCAAAAAAGAACAUUUUGAUAGUAAUCUUCAAAAGUCUAAAAUGUGCCCAUCUAUUUUGAAGACAUCUGAAACAAGUAGGAAAGGGAAAAGAAAUGCAGCCAUAUCUCCCCCCAAAAAAUCUAACAGUUUAUGUAAAGAUGAAAAAGAGUUGAAAAAGCUUGCAAGUUCAGGUCAGGUUUUAACUGAUGAAGAAAGAUUACUUAGGUAUACAACACAAGAUAAUAAACAUUGUAGUAACAUCUCUAAAUUUAACAGCUUAAAAGACAAACAUCUUAUUGAUAAAAAUAUGAAUAUACUGGCUGAAGAAGCACGACAGGUAGUAGAGCAAAUUUUUUCAAAGUCACCAGCUUCUGAAGCUUCAAAUGUGCAAUCUGAAUCGGUGAGCAGAAAACAUAAACCUAGUGUAAAUAAAAAUAAGAAAAUCUCGAAUAAAUCGCCAUCUCAAAAAAGUAAUCAAACUUUUUCAUAUUCUAAUACCAAUAUUAACCCUAAUGAUGUUCAUAUAAAUAAGACAAAUUUGACAUUACAUAAAGAGAAAAAGAAAACUUCGGAUGCCACAACCACUAAAUGUCUUAAGAAAUUGCAAAACAAAUUAAUAGAUAGUGGCACCAACAAUAAACACAAUGAGAAACCUUAUCAAGGUGGGAAACAAGUUGUUUCAGAUGCCACAUCUUCUAAAUGUCUGAAGAAACUAGAAAAAAAAAUAGCUGCCAGUGGAGUUGACGAUAAACUUAGCAGUAAACUUCAUCACCGUGAGAAACAAACUAUUUCAGAUGUUGCAUCAUCAAAAUAUCUUGAGAAACAAGAAAAUGAUUUAACAGUCAGUGAAGUUAAUGAUAGUGAUAAACCUCAUCAUAGUGAGAAACAAGCUAGUUCUCCAAGUUUCCAUGGCAGAAUAUCAUUGGAAAUAAAUGAUUCAAAUUCUACUAUGAAUUGUAAAGGAAGAAAUGUAAAUAUAUCAACUAGCAAAUCUGCAAACAAUUCAUCUGAAGUACCUAGUUCAGUUAAAGAUCAUACAAAAUUGACUUCUGGCAAUGUAACAUUGCAACCAGUCUUUGAAUCUGUUUUAGAUCAUAAUAAAUCUGUGGAUUGCCCAGAGAAAUCCAGUAUGGAAAUCGUUUCUGAAAAUCAUCAAAAUGAGAGAAAGGAAAGUUUAUCACAAACAUUAACAGAUAAAAAAUCACAGGAGUCUAAAACGCUUAACACAGAAUUGAAUGGUAAUGAACCUGUGAAUAGUGAAUAUUUGAAUCCAAAAGGCGAUGAUGCUGCAACAAAAGUUCUGUCUAACCAAGUACCACCUAAUCCCAAAAUCUCAAAAGCAGCUGAUCUUAGUACUUCAUAUUACAGUCAGUCUGUAUCAGAAAAUUCAGGUGACUUGAAUGAAAUUUCUGCAUCUGUGUCAAGUAAUCAAAAUUCCCAUGGUCUUACUGAGAUACCAAAAUCUUCCGAAAUUUCAAAUUUAUCAGAUAACUUGAACUCAAGUCCACAGCAUGACAAAAUUAUUGAUCAAAAUUCAGAAAUUAUGAAUUCUCAAGUUCAGACUUCAAAAGUAGGUCAUAUAAAAUCACCUAGAAAUGUGAAUUUAGAAACUAUUGCUUCAGCUCAAAGCAGUAGCAUUUCUCCACCUCAAACGAACAUAAUACCUCCACUUAAAAAGAGAAUAAAACCUGUUCAAAUUGGUUCACCUAGUCAUCGCAGUUGCUUUCCAGGUUCACCUUUCAUGCCAGAAGAGCAUACUGUUUGUAUCGAUUCAUCCUCGAAUUUAAGUUUGAGAAAAGAUACUUGCUCAAAUGCAGGCAUAAGCACUUCUGAUGCUGUAAACAUUCAUGCGUUAAGUGAAAAUGCAGAUUUCAAAUACAAAAACUUUACUCCUCCGAAACAAAAAUUUUCUUUUCAGAAACCUCUAUCGGGAAAACCUAAAGCCAUGACAGAAUUCUAUAGAAAUGCUAUUCCAGAACGUAGUACUUCUGUGCCUAUUAGUCCUGGAUCUAUAUCAAGCUCGUCAUGCACUUUGGACUCUUUCCUGGCUAAACGACAGCUUGAGUUAUUAUCUUCUGUGAAUGCUAAUGAUAGUCAAGCAAAAGAAAUUGAAAAUGUUUUGAAUUCUGAAAGCUUUAAUGGAAAGCAGAAACUUGUUGGUUCUCUGAAUACAAGUUCCACUCUUAGUAGUUUAUCAGAUACUUUCAUGUCUCCCAAUAAAACAGAUGCUGACACUUUGUUAACUCCUCCACAAAGAAGAAAACGUAAAAGGCCUGUUAAAAUGCUUUCUAGUCCUGAACCAACACCUGAAAAAUUGCCACUUAAACCUGAAAAUCAGGAAUCACAACAUUUAAUAGAAGAUUCUUUUGUGAAUAUAAAAUCUCUGCAUAGUUCACCUGUAAAGUGUACGUCUGCUGCAAGAAAUCUUGCCACAAAAUCAAUCUUUCACAAGAAAAUGGAACAAAACCCAAAUAUGCCUGCUGGAGUUAAGAUGCCACCAAAAUGGAAUAUUUCAAAAAUUUCCAGUUAUACAAAUGAUAUUUUCAAUAGCCAUUCAUCAAGUAAUGAGAAGAAGAAGAAUGAAAAAGAAUCCUUUAAAAUCGAUGGGAAAAUAAGAAGGAGUAGACCUUCAUUAAAAGUAAAACCAGCCUCUAAAGCUCAGAGUGUUGUGAAACAAAAGUGUGCAUCAGAAAAAAAUUUAACAAAGUCUGAAAUAUUAUGUGAUAAAAGUAUUCUUGACUCUGAUAAAAAUUCUGAAAAGUCGGAUAUGCAAGAAUGUAAAAAAAGGUGCGUUUCUCGCACGAAUAGCAUCUCUUCCAGCAAAAGUAAAAUAUCUGACAAAGUACAGUCAAGGAAAUCUGACUCUCCUACUAAUAACAAAUCUCCCAAGAAAUAUAAAAUCCUUAACAACGCUCAGAAAGGAAAAUUAGCUAAAUCUACUAAGACUUCAGAAACAGCAGAUGUAUUUGUUUACAAAGAACCGGAUUUUUCAUUUCAAAAUUUUAAUUCAAAAACAUACAACAGAAAAGAAUACCAAUCAGUUUCAAAAAAUGUUUGUGCAGAGCAAGUUAAUCAGCAUGUUAUUGACCCUGAGAAAAUGCAAGUACCAAGUGUUAGUGAGAAUGCACAUGAAGUACUUGCACAGGCACAGGCACAUGAAGCACCUACAGAACGUUCAUCUGAGGAUGAGAAUGAGUUAGCUCAAGCAAUAGCUUUCAUAACUUCAAAUCCUGCUGAUAAUGAAUCUAUGCUUAUUGAUGAUCAAGAUAAAGAUGCUGAAAACAGACUUGACACUGCAAUUCAAGAGCCGUGUUCAGUAUCUCCUUUGAAGCAGAAGUUUCUUUGUGGUGAUGUGCCAGAACCUGAGAGAAAUGAAGCUGAAAAAAUGAAUGCCAACUCUUUGAGAAAUGUUGAAACUGAAGAAAUGGCUGUUUGUACUGAGCAGUCUGAAUGUGUUAACAGUGCUGUAACUGAAGAAACAGCUGUGGGUACUGAGCAAGCUGAAUCUGUAAAUAAUGUUGAAAGUGAAGAAACACUUGAUGAACAGGCAAAAAUGGAUCAAUUGAUGAGAGUAAUUAAAGAGUAUGGAGUGGAAAAUCUGUUGAAUAGACUGAGAAGGAAACCAUAACAUCAAACAUCAGAGAAAUUUCUUUUAGUAUUUGGACCAAAAUACUGAAAUAUGGAAAUUAUGUAUUACAUUUUAUACAAGUGUAUUAUAACACAAUUUUACAGGUAUCUUUUCAGUAUGAAUUGUACCAUUGAUAGAUUUUACAAAUAUUUAAAAUUACAUUCUGAAUUUUAGUUUCAUGAUGACUGUCUGAAAAAGUACUAUGAAACAUAAUAAUGCCAUUUCACCAAGCAUUAUGAUAUACCUAAUAAAUUUUUAAGUUCUAUACGGAAUUACGUACUGGUAUAUUGUCUAACAAAUAAAUAUUACUUUUAUAAAUGAAAUUUUACUCAAACUGUUAUUUGAAUUAUAGAUUGUCCGUAAAGGUAAACAUUAAUUUCACAAUGUAUCAUUAAUUUCACAAUUUUCUCAUCUUUUUAAAAUUACGCAUGUUAUACAUGUAGGCUAGAAACUAGCUUGGUAGAGUUUACUUUCAUUUUAAUAUGUUAAUUUUAAAUAUAUUGCAGAAAGCUUCUUUUUAAUAAAGUAUGUAAAACCUGGUAAAGUGUACAUGACUUAGACAACUCUGUAGUUUGCAAAGUUGGAAACUAUUUUUAUUUCAGAAUAGAGUUUUUUAUUUAUUGCAGAAAAUUUAACUGAAAUUAUAAUUACCAAAAACAUUUCCUGAGCAAAUUUUGUCACUACUUAUUUUACAACUGAAAAGAAUUAUAUGGAGUUGCCCCCCCCCUUUUUUUGUUUGUUUGUUGCAUAAAAACAAAGUGGAAAAGAUAUAUUUUAGACGAAGUAAUGUAUUAUGAAAAGUGUUUGUCAAAUAUAAUAACUGACUUCGUCUCCAUGAAAAUUAAUUGCAUAAAACUUAUCUAGUCCCCCCAAAAAAAUUGUUAUAAUUUUUCAUUUUGAACUUUAUAUAAUAAUAUGUUUAUGAUACAACAUUAAAUAAAUAUAUAUAUCAUUGUUUAUUGCAAUGGUUGUAACAUCAUUUUAUUGCUUUCACAAUGUGCCUUAUAUUUGAAUGCUAUCAUUGAUUGCUAAAAAUAAUUUUCUAGAAAUAACAUUAUUAGUUAUAUAUUUUUGUGUUAUACAUAAUUAAAAAAGUAUACUGUAGAACUUUUCUUCUAGCUUCUGAGGAACUCAUUAAUAGAUAUAUUUUUGAAUUUCAGAAAUGUUCAUAAGCUAUUAAAAAUAAAUAUUAACUAGAGGUGUAUUAUUCAAAACCUUUCCUGUGUGUGUAUAUGCAUCCUUAUGUUUAUUUUCCUGUGUAUGCAUGUGUGUGUGUGGAUAUAUAUGGAUAUAUAUAUACAUUUCUUUAAAAAUAAAAAAUUGCAUUUUUGCGUGUUAUGGUAAAAAUUCCUAAAUGUUCAUUAUAUUUAAGUUAAUAAUGCUUUCACAGUGCUGUAAAAUUAAAGCCAGUUUGUAAUUAUUGAUGGAAAUUGUUAUCAAAUGUAUCUUGUCAAAGUUUGCACAUUGCACAUAGAAUUACAUAACCUUUUAAGAAAUUAAAGCAUAAUGAAUAAUUUGCUUAAAGAUAUUUUGUGCCUGAAAAUAUUGGUUUAAGUGUUAUAUUUAAAGACAUGAAGCACAUAAUCACAUUUCUUGAAUAACUUUUGAAAUAAAGUGAUUCAUAGAUGCAUUUAAUCAUUUGCUUCCACUUGAAUUUAUAGAAUAGCCAGCUUUUGUAUUUUUCAUAAUGUAAAGUCAUUAUUAAAUGUGUGUUUUAUGUCUGUAUUUUAUUUAAACCCCUUUCACUCCUUUGUUAUUUAUUAUUUUCAUAAGUAUUGGUGUAACAUAUAUUUUUAAUAUGUGAGUCACAUAUACAAGCAAACGUGUAACAAAGAUGUAUGUUACUUAUGUACAUAAAAUUUUUAUAAUUUGUAUAAAUAUCUGUAUAUUUUAAGAUACAUUUUAAAUUGUUAUCUAUAUUUAAAGUAUGUAAAUAAAUAAGUUCUUUUGU